AUGGCCGCAUCUCUCGCAAAACACCGUGACACCCCUCCAUUCGCUGAUCAUAAAGAUCUCUACAAUGUCAUAGAUGUGACACAGCUUGGUGAUGUCCCUUGGCAAUCUUUCUCAGUUCAGUACACAGGAGAAUGUCCCGAGGUUGUCCCACCGUGGAUGAAUGAUGAAUUUGAGGUCUGGUAUAGGGACCCCUGCGCGAUGGUGCACAACAUACUAGCCAAUCCUACCUUCAAAGACGAAAUCGACUAUGCACCAUUUCGUGAAUAUAAUGCAUUGGACGACGCGCGCCGAUGGAAAGACUUUAUGUCUGGAGACUGGGCAUGGCAACAGGCAAACACCAUAUCAAAAGACCCAGAGACACAUGGAUCUGCAUUAGUCCCAAUUAUUCUUGGUAGUGAUAAGACUACCAUCUCUGUGGGUACUGGUAAUAACAAAUACUAUCCCCUCUAUGCCUCGAUCAGCAAUGUAUGCAAUAAUGUGUGGCGCGCUCACUGUGAUGCUCUUGUCAUCAUCGGUUUCCUCGCCAUACCCAAAACUGACAAGAAACAUUCCAAAGAUGACAUGUUUCAGAUAUUUCGUCGCCAGCUAUUCCACAGCUCGCUAUCUGCAAUUCUCUCCAGCCUGAAAUCUGCAAUGUCCAAAUACGAGGUCGUGCGCUGCAGAGAUAGUCAUUUUCAACGUGUGAUAUACAGUCUAGGACCCUACAUAGCAGAUUACGAAGAACAACUGGUGCUAUCCUGUGUCGUUAAGCAUUGGUGCCCAAAUGGUGGCAUGUAUCACUGUCGCGAGCACACUGACUUCAUAAUUGGUGAACUACACAAGGAUAUAUUAUGGGAUGAAUAUGGUAUCAUUAGUGAUCUCGUCUUACUAUCGUUUGAUCUCCUCCAUCAGCUCAUCAAAGUGGCAAAGUACCUCAAGGCAGUGCACGGGACCAAACGGGCGGAGGAGAUUAUGAGCGACAUAGAUCGCAGAGUUGCUGCUGUACCUUCAUUCUCUGGUCUGCAAUGGUUUCCCCAAGGCCGUGACUUCAAACAGUGGACGGGCAAUGAUUUGAAAGCCCUCAUGAAGGUCUUUCUUCCAGCUAUCGAAGGCCAUGUACCUGGAGAUAUGGUUCACGCAUUUCGUGCACUGUUAGAAUUUUGCUAUCUUGUGCGGCGCAAUGUUAUUACUGAAGAUACCUUGAAUCAAAUUCAAGACACACUUGGUCGCUUUCAUCGCUAUCGCAAGAUAUUUGGUCUCGUCGUUCCUACUUUUUCACUCCCUCACCAGCAUUCAAUGACUCAUUACGUGGACAUGAUUCGACUCUUUGGUGCUCCGAACGGACUAUGCUUGUCAAUUACGGAAUCAAAACAUAUCAAGGCUGUAAAGGAGCCCUGGCAUUGGUCAAAUAGGCACAAUGCUCUUGGUCAGAUGCUUGUGACCAAUCAACACCUUGACAAGCUCGCAGCAUCCCACGUGGACCUUAAUGCGCGAGGGAUGCUUACUGGCACUAUUUUAUCAAGUGUUUUGGCUACUCUUGUGGCAGCAUUGGCAAAUGAAGUCGCUGUUCCGAAUCUGCAACGCCUCAUUCGAGAUUUUAUGUUCUCUCAGCGCAACCGAGGUGAUCACCAUGAUCCCGAAGAUAUACCAACUGGUAGCUACCCUCAGAACGAAGGCAAACUCCAGGUCUUCAAUUCUGCUUCUGCUACUUUCCUUGCUCCCAGUGAUCCGAGUGGUGUCAGUGGCAUGCGACGGGAACAUAUCCGUGCAUGUCCACUCUGGAGGAACGAGUACCUGCAUAAUGACUGUGUGUUCAUUAACACCGAUUCGGAUGCUCAAGGCAUGCAAGGACUUGAAGUUGCGAGAAUCAUAUGCUUCUUCUCUUUCAUCCACAACUGGGAAGGGUAUCCGUGCGCUCUCAUCCAAUGGUUUGACAAGAUUGGUGACUGUGCUAAUGAAGACACUGGCAUGUGGAUGGUCGGUCCAAUUUUUCAUGAGGAUGGUUCCCAGAAUCUUGCUGUUAUUCAUAUUGACACGAUAUUUCGUGCAGCACACUUGAUACCUAUCUAUGGUUCUGAGUACAUCCCUCAUUCCCUCAAGUUCUACCAUUCUAUCGAUUCUUUCCACUCAUUUUAUGUCAACAAAUUCACUGAUCACCACGCCUUCGAGAUAGCAUCCUGA